AUGGCAUCGGUACACCAGCUCGGCGUUGGUCCGACCCCCGCGCGUCCGCGGAGUGUGAACGGUUCUGGGAACCAGGAUGUCGAGAUGGACCUCGACCGAAAUGCCAGCCCUGCCGUUGCAACCGGCACGAGGUUUGGCAGUGCCCCCCAGAGGGGAGACACGAGGAUCGUUGUCAUCGUGUUUGGCCACGGCCAAGACAGCAUCGUGUCAGUCUUCGCCGAUGUUCUGGGGAAACCGUACGCCAUCCGUUCAGCGUUCCAAGAUGUCAGCGCGGCCGACCAAGGGCUCGUUAUUGGUAUCCCGGCCGAGCACGCAAAGAGCAACAUCGACUCUCGCGACAAGGAGCUCGUUGUGGCCAUCAACGCCCACUGCGUCAACCUCGGAAUGCCGCCGGACGUCUUCCUUUCGGCCCAGUGCGACUACGAGUUCCUGUACACCGAGGCCCCUUUCUUCCGCCGGGACCUCUCGAGGUUCAUCUCCUUCACCCUGGGCCAGAUUGACCACCACGAGACGUUGAUGUCAAAGCCGCGGACCUACUUCAUCUCCACCACGUUCCCGGACGUCAGCGCUGCGUUACCAAACAUCGACAUCCUCACCGUCGGAGCCGACGCCGUGGAAAUUCGAGUUGAUCUUCUCAAGGAGCCUCUCGGAGACGGCACCUACUCUUCCAUUCCAAGUCUCAGCUACGUCGGGCAGCAACUGAUGCUCUUGCGCCAACGGACAGAGCUCCCCAUCAUCUUUACAACCAGAUGUACGAGGGAAAACGGCCGCUUCCCGAUGGAAAACCCAGACCUCUAUUACGAGUAUCUGUACCGAGCCAUCCAGUGGGGCGUCGAGUAUAUCGAUGUGGAACUGUGGCUCCCCGAAGCCAUCCGGAAGAGGCUCUACGAGCAGAAGGGGAGCAGUCGGAUCAUGUCUGCGUUUCAUGACUUCUCUGGCACCUUCAGGUGGCCCUCGUCCCAUGCCGAGCAGGUUUACGUGGAAUCAAGCAAGUACGCCGACAUCAUCAAGAUGAUCGCCAUCAUCAACGACCACAACGAGAACUUCGAGCUGGAAUACUUCCGCUCCAAGAUGCGGGCGGAUUACCCGGCUUCGCCUCCAUUCUCCGGAGUCAACAUGGGGGAAACCGGCCAAUUCUCCCGCACUUUGAAUAGGGUCUUCACUCCCAUCACUCACCCACUGCUGCCGAUAGUCGCAGCUCCGGGCCAGAUGAGUGCGUCGGAAAUCAACGCGGCGCUGGCCCUUCUUGGGCAGCUUCCGAAGAAGAGCAUAUACGGCAUCACAACGCCGGCUUUCCGCAGCUCGACGCCGCAAGCCCCUUUCUACGAGAAGUGCUUCAACGAGCUUGGCCUGCCACAUUACUUCGCAGUCGUGGAGCGCUUGCCCAACAACUUUUCGAGCAUGGAGGCUUGGUGCAACCAAAAGAACUUUGGCGGUGCCUACCUGAGCCCGCCCGUGUCGUGGAGCAACCUGCUGAAGCACAGCUCGUUCUUCUCUUCGCUCAACGGCGGCAAGGGUCCGGAGCUGACCGAGGCUGCUCGUCUCAUUGGGACCGUGGACACCAUCAUUGUCAAAUCAGGGUCGUCCUCGUCGGCGUCGUCGGCCCCGGCGUCGAUACCGUCGAGCCCGCGCCACGGACACCAUGACUCUUUCGGCCACCUCGGCUCCAACUUUUCUGCCCUGUCGCCCAACACGUCCCUGAUCCUGGACAAUGCCAGCUGGCGCGGCAUCAUCAGCACGCUGACCCGUGACAUGGCGCCUUCGGCGUACUUUGGUCGGACAGCUGUCGUUCUGGCCUCUUCCGGCGAGGAUGCCGCGUCAGUCAUGUACGCUCUGAAGGCUCUCCGUAUCGGCAAGAUUUAUACCGUUGGCUUCCGAACACCGCCGGCUCUGGCCCGCGACGGGCCCGCCAUUGAACCCUUCAACAGCCUCGAAAGUCUCAAGCGGGCCCAGACGGUCGGCGAUGACGCGGCCCCCUUCCUGGUCGUCUCGGCCCUCGGGGCGGAAAAGAGCAACCUCGUCGGCAUGCUUGUCCGUGUGUUUGGCGCAAACAUCCGGGGAGGCUCGAAUUUCAAGAAGGUCUUUCUCGAUCUCGCCGAGGCCUCGGGCGCAAGGAAAGGCGGCGACCCGGGCCUCAUUGCCCAGCAGGCCGGCUUCUCCGCCUACGGCGUUGCCGACACGGCUGCCUUCACCACUGUCGAAACCCUCAGGCUGCUAGUCGGCCAGAACGUGCCCUACAGCUUCGUCAGACUGGCAAGUGGUAGGAGCAUGUUCUGA